GGGAUUGACGUAAAAUAUGUGAGAAUGCAGCGAAGUACCUAUUUCAUGAACGAAGUUGAAGAAGAGGGAGCUGCGAAGGUGGUCCUGGUCUCGUGAUCUCGCGUGCUGCACGCCCACGCAGGAGGCCGUGAACGGCGGCAGCCCCACACGCGCAUCGCGGCUGCCGCCCUGCCUGCGGACCUCACCCGAGUGAGUGACUUGAACUCCUGCCUGCCUGUGACCAAAGCCUGCUACCGAAUCUUGCAUAACUCUGCCCAGGCAAUGCAAGGUUGCCUAAUACCGCACAGGCAUCUCAUAUUGAGGACGACGACUCCGUUCGUAUUUAGACACAUCACCUACCGGCCAGCACAGGGUCUCUUUCCACGGCGCAAGACACUGCUUUCAACCACUGCAGCCAUGCCGCCAUCACCUACACCUGGCAAGCGGAAAGCCACACAGCCAAUCUCGCCGCCGCCUCAGAAGCGUAAGGCCGAGAGCAGUAUCUCCAAGGGCGCCGUGGCCAACUUCUUUACCCCGGCCUCGCAGAAGCCCAAAGAUCGGACAAGCUGGUCAGAAAGAGCACCAGACGCCCAAAGUCCCGCGACAUUGCUCGUGGGCAGGUACCAGCCAGAAGUGCAAGAGGAGGAGCCCCCGGUCAAACGGCGUAAGGUCAUUGCCUUUGACCUGGACUCCACACUCAUCACGACGGCCUCUGGCAAGAAGUUUGGCGACAGCCCCGGUGACUGGAAAUGGUGGGACUCGAGUGUACCGGCCAGGCUUCGACAACUGUACACAGAAGAAGGCUAUCGGGUUGUGAUACUCAGCAACCAAGGCGGCCUCACCUUGCACCCUGAUCCCAAAGCCAAGGUCCCAAAGAAUGUCGGGGAGAAGGUCUCCAACUUUAAGCAGAAGUGCUCCGCCGUGCUAGCGAAGCUCAACAUACCAACGACAGUCUACGCCGCCACGGGCAGGGACAUCUUCCGCAAACCGCGAACCGGCAUGUGGACGGAAAUGUGCUCUGACUACGGCUUCUCUGCUUCAGAUGUCGACCUGGAGCACAGCCUGUUCGUCGGCGACGCUGGCGGCCGCACGGCACAGAUCGUCAGCGGACGGGCAGUCGCAAAGGACUUUAGCUGCUCGGACCGCAACCUGGCGCAGAACAUUGGCAUCGCAUACAAGACGCCAGAGGAGUUCUUCCUCGGCGAGGAACCGCGCGAAUUCUCGCGUGACUUCGACCUGGCGAGUUAUCCCGAGGCGGUGGAAGGCGACGACGCAGCGGGUGGCAGCCAAGAGGUCCUCUUCGCCAAGAAGAACAAGCAAGACAUUGUGCUCUUCUGCGGCAUGCCCGGCGCCGGCAAGAGCACAUUCUACUGGAGACACCUGAAGCCCCUGGGGUACGAGCGCAUCAACCAGGACACGCUCAAACGCCUCGACAAGUGCUUCCAGGUCGCGACGGAGCACCUCCGCGCGGGCGAGUCGGUAGUCAUCGACAACACCAACGGGGCCCCGGAGAGGAGGAAGGAGUGGAUCGACCUCGCGCGCAAGUUCAACGUGCCUAUCCGCUGCGUGUGGUUCAAAACGCCCAUGGCGCUGUGCGAGCACAACGACGUCGUCAGGGCGCUCAACGCCGGGUCUUUGAAUCCCGAGCAGCGGACGGCGUUGCCAAAGAUGGCUUUCACGGGGUUCAACGCGCGUUUCAAGGAGCCCAAGGCCAAGGAAGGGUUUGAGGAUGUCGUGGAAAUAGACUUCAAAUUCCGCGGGAGCAAGGAUGACUAUGCAAUUUGGGGGCGCUAUUGGAUAUGAGCCAUAGCGCACUGGGAGGCACGGUCGAGUAAGCAAGCAAAUAUUGUGGACGAUCUGAGCAAACCCCAUU